GGUGUGCAAAAAGCACCUUUGAUAAUUAAGAGUUUUUCGUUGAUUUCAUUUAUCUAAAAGUGUGAUUCCAUUUAUAUAUAUUGCAUAAAGAAUUCUAUGUUUUUUCAAUAUUUCGUAAAUUUUCGAAGUUUUUACAUAGUCAAAAUAAUUUUAUAGUUGAAGAGUCAAUUCUUAUAUAGUACUCAAUGAAUUCAACCCAGUAGGAGGCACCAUAUAUUGUCAGAGCUUUUGUCAUCUCAUAUACAUUCGAUUGGUUAGAACUCAAACGAGCGGGAGAAUCAUCGACUGAAUGUAUAAGUUUGUGUCUUCGUAUAAUUGAACAAAUUAUCGAAGAAUGGCAAAAACUAAGACUAUUAGCAAAGGAUGUCCCAAAUGCGAACAGCAGGUCCCAGUGGCAUGCAAAGCUUGUCCUUGCGGUCAUUCUUUCUUCAACGCUCGGAGAAACUCUAUAAAGAGUCCUCCCAGUCCAGAACCAGGUGUUAUGAAAACGAGGCGAACUAACAGAGUCAAAAGAGGAAAACCAGAUUACUACGACGCUUUAGAAUAUGAUAAACAAACAAGGAAAAGUGCAAAGAUAAGAAGAACAAGAGAGACGGGUUCAGACUCGGAUUGUAGACAGUUGAACAAGAAAAAACGUAAAAAAGGCAAAGGCAGAGGAAGACCAAGCAACAAUAGUGGAAUGGGAGACGAGGAGGACGAGAUGGAGGGAGUGAGUAGUCUUCCUCCUGAAAAGCAGCUCACUUGUUCGCUGAUACUUCAAGAGCUCAACAAUAAAAUGAGCACAGUUGCUUGGAAGCCGACGUAAAGGAUGUUACAUUGUUUUUUUUUUUUUUACUAUUUUGGUGAUUGUACAGUCGAAAAUGUUUGUCGUAAAACAAAAGUGGCCAUAAAUUAUGAAACGCGAAUUAUUUGUAAAUAAUGAUGAACAGUAGUCGAUAAGAAAUUUUUAUAUAAAAAAAAAAUGUAUUUGCACUGAUAAUUUUACGAACUAUUUUUGUGCGCGUUUAGAUUGCGAAAAAUUGUUUUUUUUUUCUUUCGUUUUCGCUGGUUCCUCCAUAGAGAUUUAGAAUCUAAGACUUUGCUUAUGGCUUUAUCGAGCAAUCGAAUUGUGUUCUCGACACUGUUUUCCUUUUUUCUUUUCCAAAUACUUCGCGGAUCAAUAUUUAAAAUAUCGGUGUUGUAGCACGGUAUAGUAGAUUUGAUUGUUACCUACAUUUCGCGCGUGGCGAGAAUCAUUCGAUAGCUCCAAUAAAUGUGAUAAAAUAAAAAAUUUUCCCACUUUAUAUACACAACGAAAAAAUGCCAUUGCCAAAUACUGCUUCAAAACAUUUUGGCAAAAAUUUGUUAAACGAAACGAGAGAAAUGAAGUUCGUUUUUUCUUCAGCUCGCUAUUACUUUUCAUGGUGAAUAAACAAAAAUAAAUAUUUGGUGUCAUAGUAA